AUGGCGGAAUUCGGUCUAAAGCUGCGCGUGCGCAGGGAUGAUUCGGUAUACAGAAAUAGAACGCUAACACGCCGGAAGCUCGGAUGUAUUCGGCAGGAUGUUACCAUUUGGAUCCUGUCUGCAUUAUUUUUUGUCGGUUGCCAUGGUUACCAGGAACAAAGAUUCGCGAUGGAACCACAAGACCAGAGCGCUAUCGUGGGAUCACGCGUUACUCUACCGUGUCGAGUAGAAAAUAAAGUUGGAAGCCUUCAAUGGACGAAGGAUGACUUCGGUCUGGGCACACACAGGAAUCUCAGUGGAUACGAAAGAUAUUCCAUGAUUGGCAGCGACGAAGAAGGAGAUUACUCGUUAGAUAUACGGGACGUUUCGUUGGAAGACGACGGUCUGUAUCAGUGUCAAGUUAGCUCCGGACUUAACGGUGAACCGCCGAUACGUUCAAGGUACGCUCAUUUGACAGUACUCAUAGCUCCUCAACCGCCAAAAAUACUACAGGGUGCAUUUAUUGAUGCCACGGAGGGCGAACCCGUUGAUAUUGAAUGUGUUUCUGAAGGAGGAAAACCGGCUGCUGAAAUAACUUGGGUUGACGGUAAUCAAGUGGUGAUUAAAGACAAUGUCAGAAGCAGAAUCGAUGAAUUACCAGACGGACAGAGAUACAAAACAAGUUCGGUGCUGCGGUUAAUACCGAGCUCGUUCCACCAUGAGCAGCAUAUCACGUGUCAAGCCCAGAACACAGCAGACCGGGCCUAUAGGAUGGCCACAGUAUUGAUAGAGGUAAAAUACGCUCCAAAGAUCAACAUCACUAUGUCUACUGGUGUUGUAUCCGAGGGUGGCGAUGUACGGGUUCGAUGCUCGGUUGACGCUAACCCACCAGCCCAGUUAUAUAGAUGGUACUUAAAUAAUAAACUCCUUGUUGGAGAUUACAAUGAGGAAUUGGUAAUAUUCAAUGUGUCCCGUAAGCAUAAUAACGCGGUUGUGAAAUGUGAAGUUAGCAACGCAGCCGGCAAGAGCGAAGCAACUAUUACUUUGAACGUCACUUAUCCACCAUCGUUCAGAUCUCGACCCCAGAAUAUUGAAUCCACAGUUGGUUCCAAUGUCACCUUAUUUUGCGAUGUUGACGGUCAUCCGAAACCGAAGAUUCGUUGGCUGUUCCACGAGCCCGGAAAAAUCGGGCAGGUCAAAGGAAAAGCUGCUAAAUUUAGUGUCAUGGUCAAUGAGAAUACAGCUGGAAGGUACAUAUGCAAGGCUACUGUUGAUGGUUACCCAGAUAUUGAGAGUGAAGCCAUCAUAUUCAUAAAAGGUCCACCAAAAAUAUUAUCAAAUAGAACACAAUCAGGAACAGAAGGUGAGACCGUGAGAGUGGAAUGUUCAUCUCUUUGUGUCCCAAAACCCGACGACAUCAGAUGGUAUUUCGAAGGAAGAGAAAUUAGCGCUAUUCUUGACCCGGAUUACGCGACAUUGUUGGAGACAUUACCUGAUGGUAUAACCAAGUCUAGUUUAGUAAUACGAUCCAGCCAGUCCAAACAUUAUGGAGUGUACAACUGUAGCGUUACUAACGAAUACGGUAACGCCAAUGCUGCUAUCAGCUUAAAGCCUUCAAAAACCCUACCACUCGUUAUAAUACUCAUAGGAUCUACGUCUGGUAUAAUAGUUUUCUCUGCGUUCGUCAUACUCCUUGUUCUCUGUCAUCGACGUAGAAGGAAGGACAGUCGUAUCAAUGAGAAGCCAGACGUUACUGUGACUAGUGGUGACUUAUAUAAAGAAAGUGACAGGAGCUCAAACAUCAGUGAUUUGAAAUUACAGCUGCCUCAGAGUGAUGGCAGCUAUGAUUUGGAAUACACUAGCUCAGACAGAUCAGACGCAAAGCCUCAAGCAGGUUUACCACUCGCUGGUCCUGUGUUACCAAACAUACACUCUGAUAGCAUGCUGCAGUUCAGAUACAGCAAUGACUAUUCUGACCCAGCGUACAAUGACCCCUACUUUAAGAAUCCGAACGCGUAUGUUUACGACUACCCUCAAGGCUAUCCACCGCCUGCACAUUUGAGAGUACAGUCACCAACAUUAGAAGUUCCACCUUCAAGAUCACUUCAAGGUUCAUUGACCCGAAGUAUAGACACGUCUUCAACUCUACCAUUGUCAGCUGGCAAUGGUUCCCAAAAUAAUUCAUUACAACGAACGAAACACGACGAAACUGACGCCAUUAAUAAUUUAGGUUUACCUGUCGGCGGGGAAGGUCCACAAGUACCAGUUUACGCACAAACUGGUCCAAAAACUAAUCCUAGCGUUGACGUACGCUACGCCGCUACAUACGGAAAUCCUUACCUUAGAAAUAGUUCUGUUGGUUACCAUACAGUGCAUACGGCGAGGCCGGCUGCCACUCCCGCCCCGCCUCCUUACUCGCGUAACCAGCCAGCAGAUAAUCCAUUACCGUAUAGAAUAUCGACAUUGGUUAUAGUGAGACGGAGAAGUAAGUUUGCUUUUAGAUCUUAA